AUUUCUUUGUUCUCUUUUACCAUCUCUCCUCGCGACCGCACAAAAAAGCACACUCACGGUCUAGAUAUAUCGCGAUGUUAAACCGGAAUACACUAUUGUAUACGGUGUGUGUUGUGUACGCUAGAUAAUUUUACGAUUCUGAUAAUUUUAUUUUCCAUUGCAAUAUAUUUCAAGUGUGGACUUUCAAAUUGUCCUCGAUACCGAUGCAGCCACACACAGCGAAAGAUGAAAAUAGUGAUAAAUGCUGCUGUUCAUCACCUCGUUCGGAAGUGAUAUCAACUUCAAAGUCCACCGAGAACCUGGCAGCGGAGGUCAAAGAAAGCACGAAGCAACAUGAAAACAAUAUUAAUGAGUCACAAGAUACAACUGCAACCACCUCGGAAGAGCCACCCACAGAAAAUGUAGACUUCAAAGUGAUUUACAACAAGCAGAAAAUUAGUGUGAAUUUUGCCUUAGAUAGUACAGUCGCCGACCUAAAGACGCAUUUGCAGAAAAUUAUCUCAGUACCACAGGCGAUGCAAAAGGUCAUGUUCAAAGGAUUAGCCAAAGAUGAUCAAACUCUUAGGAAUUUGGGAGUAACGAAAGGUGCCAAAGUCAUGAUAGUUGGGUCAAAGUUAGAUGACGUAUUGGCUGUGUCAAUUCCAACCAAACAGGAGCUCAAUGAUGAAGCUGUUUCCUCGGCGAAUAAGGAGCCUCUUUCACAACAAAAGAUACAUAGGAAAGUUUUAGAUAAAGGAAUUCCGGAGGAUGUAAUGCCGGGAAUAUUAGAUAGCAAGGAACCUUUGCCUGAAUUUCCACUAGCUGGAAUGUUAAAUAAAUCUGGAGGAAAGGUGAGAUUAACAUUUAAAUUGGAGCAAGACCAAUUGUGGAUCGGCACGAAAGAAAGAACAGACAAAAUACCUAUGAAUUCCAUAAAAGGUGUCCACAGUGAACCGAUUCACGAUCAUCCCGAAUAUCAUAUUAUGGCAAUACAAUUAGGCACUACGGAAGCAUCAAGGUAUUGGAUAUAUUGGGUCCCUGCGCAGUAUAUAUCCGCUAUUAAAGACGCUAUUCUUGGCAAGUGGUGUUACUUCUGAUUGAUAGUCGAUGGACAUUUCUAUCUCUGUAAAAGCAAAGUUUAAUCAGAUGUAAACAUUAACACAAACACGACUGUACUAGUCACACAUAUUUUUAACAGUAAGUAAUAACUUAUUUUGAGUUGAAUUAUCAUCGAGGAAUACCCAAUAAACGUAGUCUGUCCCACUGAGAAAAUAUUUUAGGUGACUAGUCUUGAUUUAUUGGGAAAACUGAUGUAAUUACACUAUACGCUAAUGUUUUGCAUCUUUAUAGUCGAGAUUUAAUUAUACUCGGAAUUUUUCCUACACAAUUGGAUGUAAGUUAAGCAGUCCUUUAUACGAAAACUGUGAUUAGCGGAACUUCCAUAAUUAAUGAUGCGUUAUGAUAAUAUUGUAUGUUUGCUUACGAUUACACUACUUGCUACUUUCCUUAUUUUAUCGAAGCGUCGUAUUUACAAAUUUCAUAUAUUGUAGAUUUUGCAGAGAAAUUUUAUAUAAGAGAAACUUAUUAUUUCAUGAUUUGAUUUCUUUGCAUAUCUGAGCAAUAAAACAAUUGAUUUUACACAUACAUGUAGCAGUAUAAAAAUUAGAAUUGAUUAAUUAUGUCAACACGUAUCACUUCACGGUUAAACGAGAUACACUGAUUUUUAUGAAAUCGCAAUUAUAAAUAAAUUAAAGUCGUAAUAUCGCAUUUAUAAGCAAACUUUUAAAUUAUUGUUAUUUCUACAACGCGCGAAUAAUUUGUUAAAGUUCUUAUAUAAUAUGCUCGGUAUAAUGCUCGGCUUGUCGAACAUCUGACAUGAUUAUGUGCGUAUGCGUAUACAAACAUACAUACAUGCACACGCUAUGAUUUGAAAUCUAUUCGAGAUCUACUUUUGGUACAUGUUGAGCUUUAACAAAGUUUUAUAUAUUUUAAUUGCAGUUUUUGCGACAAAAAGAAUAUACACACACAUACCUUUUUUACUGUACAAUGAAAAAAAACAUAUGUUUGUUUUCGUGUAAUAUCAGCUAGUAGUAUGCAACUUUGCGUCACCGCCGAAUAGAAAUACGGCCAAUGUCUGUUGAAGAAAAGGCAAAAUGGAAAGAAAGAAAAAAAGAAAUGUUAACACGUUUAGAUUUCGAUGUCAUUGUGUCGACUUGUUGGAGGAGUAACAACGAAUUUCACGCUAAAUAAAAUUAGAGAAUUCACUUAACCGUUUCGCAAUUGGCCUACAGUCACAAGAUAUAAGAACUGAAGGAACAAAAACGAAAAAAAAAAAAAGAAAAAGGAUCAAAUUGAUCUCAUCGCUAUCUCACGACUUGUAAGAACUCCAUGCUGUAAGAAAAGACUUGCGUAUUCUCUUUAGUAUUGUAACUGUAAAUUAGGUUUUAUACCACCAUCUAACACGAAUUGUCUAACAGCGUGUGAAGCGUAAGAUGAUAACGAAUCAAAAUUUAUUAUAUAAAAUGGUACUAUCACCUGUGCCGAGAAAAUCUAUUUCGGAGGUCGGUUUGAAUGGGACUUGUACAUUACGUUGUGUGAUUUGAUAAAAUAAAUACUUCUGAGACUUUCGCUCUUUUA